AUCACCGUUGACCCCGUACCCGUAGCAGUCGCGCGUAUUUUGCCGCGCAAAGUGGUCGUUACUUUUGAUAUAGUUCAAUUAAAAGUGUUAGUAAACAAACAUGAUUGCGAUUUUGUUAUUACUCAUUUUAAUAUUAGUAAUGUUGGUGUCUUGGGUUGUUCUGCUGAAGGAUUGUAGAACGUUCAAUAUCCCUGGACCUCGACCUCUGCCUCUGGUCGGCAAUGGACAUCUGUUUGUCACGAAACCAACAGGCUUCCUGCCACUUCUUCGCAGGUUGAAAGAUGAAUUCGGAGACGCAUAUCGAGUACAUUUGUUCCACAACCCGUAUGUGGUACUGUCACACCCUAAAUACGUAGAGCCCUUAGUAUCACACAACGAACUGAUCAGCAAAGGCAGAUCCUAUUACUUCCUUAGGCCCUGGCUUGGAGAUGGUCUUCUCACAUCAACAGGUUCCCGAUGGAGGACUACACGAAAAUUUUUGACUCCAGCUUUCCAUUUUAACAUUUUGCAAAACUUUCUUCCUGUAUUCCUAAAAAACGAGAAGAUACUAAUAAAGAAAUUGCAAAAUUACACCGAUGGGAAAUCGUUUGACGUGUUCCCAGUGAUGGCACUGACUGCACUGGAUAAUGUUACAGAGUCAAUUAUGGGGGUGUCUAUUGAAGCACAAACGAACAGCGAAUCCAAAUAUGUUAAAUCAAUUGAAACUCUCGCCAAAAUAAUUUCUAUGAGAAUGAGAAAUCCUUUUGCGGGAGAAGACGCCAUCUUCAAUUUACUCAAAUAUAAGAAAGAUCAAGAUGAAGCCUUACAGGUUCUUCAUACUCAGACACAGAAAGUGAUAGAUAUACGACGAGAAGAACUAAAAAAUACGGACGCAUCUGAUAUCAACAAACACAGCGAUACAGGUGAAAAAAAUAAGCACGCUUUCUUGGAUUUGCUGUUAUUGUCAUCGAUCGAUGGCAAAAAAAUCGACGAUCAACACGUGAGAGAGGAGGUGGAUACAUUCAUGUUCGAGGGUCACGAUACUACGACAUCCGGUAUCUCAUUUACUUUAUACUGUCUCGCGAUACAUCCUGAAAUUCAGGACAAAAUUCUCGAAGAACAAAGAAGGAUCCUCGGAGAGAGUUUGGAUAAGGAUCCUAGCUACGUAGAUCUAAAGGAGAUGAGAUAUUUAGAGCUGGUCAUCAAAGAGAGUCUGCGGCUGUAUCCAUCUGUGCCAUUGAUAGAAAGGCUUAUGGUUAAAGAUACUGAAAUAGCUGGUCUAAAAAUAAGAAAGAACACAUCAGUGAUAGUGAACAUAAUGGAGAUGCAACGUCACCCGGCUCUGUACGACAAUCCCAUGGAGUUCCGACCAGAGAGACACGACUCGACGGCUGCUCAGUCCGCGAAGAAUGCCUUCAGUUGGCUCGCCUUCAGCGCUGGACCGCGGAACUGUAUUGGUCAAAAAUUCGCGAUGAUGGAGUUGAAAGUUACAGUGGCGGGUGUCAUUAAAAACUUUAUCGUCCUACCCGCAGAAACAGAAGAACCGAAAUUGUGUGCUGAGCUUAUUUUGAGGAGUGAUAUUGGUGUCAAUAUUAAAUUGAAACCUAGAAAUAAAAAUUAUUAGGCUCUAUUAGUUUAUUCGUAGUUUGUAAGAAAACAAAAACAUUGAAACUCAAGAAGCUCGUGUCGUUUCUACGCUGCGUAUGAAUUUACCACAGAAUAAAAAGUAAUAGACGAAGUUAUUGAGAUAUAACUUAAUUAAGUUGGUUUCCAUUAUUUCAUCAAAAAUACUGUUAAAAAUCAUCUAAAUAUAAUAAUAAUUAUUUUUAUUAUUUGUCACAGAUUAAAGAAUAAUAGGCAGAUAGAGCGUACGGAACACGACGGUGUCGUAGCCGUUACAAAUACAAAAUUCAAAAACGAAUACAUUCUCGAGUCAGUGCGACACGAAUCGAACACGUCGCCUCAGUUAUUUUCAUUAUUCAAGAAAAUGGCGUCUUAUGUUUUUAAAUACAUAUUUUAAAAACUGUUUACAAAAAACUAAAGAAAUAAGAUGGAGUAUUUUUUAUUGGUAAUUAUUGAUUAUUAUAAUAUUCAUUUACGUAAUUGUUGUUAGUGUUAAAUUAUAUACUAAUUAUGAAAAAAGUUUGAAUUUCGCGGAUGUCAAAGAGAAGUGUGAUUUUUUUAUGGGUUUCACCAGCUUCACCAGGCUGCUUGUAAAUACACAUUUUGGACAUUCUUUAUUCUCUGUUAAUUUUGUACAUUUAUUUUAGUAGCUAAUUGUAAUCUGUGAUGGUUCGGUUGAUAUUUGAUGCUAUAUUGCAUAAUUUCAAAAAUAUAAUAUUUACAAAUCAUAGGUUUAAUCAACGACGUAAGUAGUACGUACAAUAAAAUUUCGUUGGGGAUAAUCUUGAAAAAAUGUAAUUGGUCCAAACCUACGAGUAUUUUAUGUACCUAUAGUCAACCUAUAGUCUACAUAUUUUAUGGGUCCAAAUAUCUAAAUUUAAUGUUAAAGAUACUAGUAUUUUGAAUCUCUAAAUAGUUUAUAUUAAAAAAAUCAUAAAUAAAUUCCGGAAAUGAAAUAUAAAACAAAAAAAUAUACAAUACAAAUUAUUAUAACAAAUCACGAA